GACAAAUCUCAAAUCGGUUCGAGGCUGCCUGCAUCAUCCGCCGACUGAGCCAGAAACCGACAGAGGAAAAAAUGGCGUUCACAUUCGCGGCCUUUUGUUAUAUGCUCGCUCUGCUGCUGACGGCGGCGCUUAUCUUCUUCGCUAUCUGGCAUAUAAUAGCAUUUGAUGAGCUGAAGACUGAUUACAAGAAUCCAAUAGAUCAGUGUAACACUUUAAAUCCGACAGUUGAAAAGGUCAAAAAGAUUAAAAGAGUCAAAAUUGCAUUAAAGCUGGUGCUCCCAGAGUAUCUUAUCCAUUUCUUCUUCUGCGUGAUGUUCUUCUGUGCGGCCGAGUGGCUCACCCUCUGUCUGAACUUACCACUGCUGGCUUAUCAUGUCUGGAGGUAUAUGAGCAGGCCUAUAAUGAGCUGUCCAGGACUAUACGACCCAACUACCAUCAUGAACGCUGACAUCCUGGCGUACUGUCAAAAAGAGGGCUGGUGCAAACUGGCUUUCUACCUCCUGUCCUUCUUCUACUAUCUCUACGGAAUGAUCUACGUCCUGGUGAGCUCUUAAACCAGAUGCUGAAGGACAAGGACCUGCAUGUACAGUCGACGACCAGACACUAUGAUCUUAGUGCUGGACACUGGACCUGCUGGAGACGACCACCGUUCAGCAACACAAGAUGCCAUUUCAAGCGGACGAACUCUUCGACACCCACACACAGCGCAGCAGAGUGUCAUUUUGGAAACAUUUAGCCAGUUUAAGAGAAUAUCUUGGUCGCAGCGUUCCUCUCAUAGCUCUAGUUUAAAUUCUAUGGAAAAUAAGGACAAACCUGAAUGGACAAAUGUUUUUUUUUCCUUUUUAUUUUUAAUGGUGUGGUGAUUUUGAUGCUUGGGAUUUAAUUUUUUUUUUUUUUCAUCUUGAUUCCCAAAUUUGAGUGUUUACAAAUUAGGUUAGACUUCUUUCAGGUGUGCAGUAUCUGUGAGAAUCUAAGCUGUGUGCUUAGCUGCAUUAGCUUUCUCUGUGAAUUAGACUCUGGGCUUUAACAGCAAAUUUAUACCUGCCAUGUGAUUCAUAACCAUCACUUAAACAAACGGCAAAGUGCAAACCAGACUCCUGUUUUUGCCCACAGAUGCAUACGGUCUUACAAGUAACAUUUUUGGGACUGAAAGUACAGUUGUGUACCCGAAGGCUGAAGUGCAUGGGUUAUUAUCACUUACAGAAACGUGUUGCACAGGGACAAUCGGUCUGGUUGUCAUAAUAUUUUUCAAACUAUCUGAGAUAUUGUUUCCAUAUUUCAGACCUAUUUAUCAUCACACUCGUCAUAUAAUCCCUGUUACUAAAACUCUAUGGCAAUAUUUUUUUCAUGUGUGAUUCCAGAUUAGACAGAAAUGUGUAGAAAUGUGGUCUGUAUUUCUGUAGAAACGCCCUUUCAGCUAUCGAUGAAUUCAAAGGUAGACUCAACAGUACAAUCAUUAUAUAUUCAGCAUUAGGAAGCAGCAAAGUGCUUUGUUACUCUGCUUUAUGUUUGUAAGAAACUGCUGAUGUGCCAUACUGUUGAAUGUACCUUUGAAGCUCCUUAACUGUUCUCAUCAUUGUGCAUUUUGUUCAUUUCUACACCAAAUAUUCCACAUCAUUAGGAACUUCACUGUUUAUUUAUUCAGUGUUUAUAAUUUUAACUUUUUAUGUCAACAGGAUAUCAAGCACUCCUCGAAGUGUCACAUUAUUUCAAGAAUCUAAUCUGUACAUUUUUAGUUCUUUUAGGUUAUUAGACAAAACGUUUCAGAAACACUAGAAUAUUUAUUGCCAUUUUCAAAAUGUGUGCUUUUAUCAGGGAAAAAGGAAAUGAUUAUUGUCACAGAUAAAAUUUAUGUUUUAUGUAUUCGAUCCCAUCAUGUCACAUCUAGGAAAUGACUACUUGAGUUUAUUUGAAUCUAAAUAAACCUAUUCCACUCUGUUA